AUGUCUGAAAUGGACAACCUGUCGCUCUCCGGUGGUCGGAAGCGUGAUCAUGCUCCACGUCGACGAGGUCCCAUAGGUGCGUUGGAUCGAAGGCAAGCGCUUCGGACCACACUCCGACGUAGCAAGCGCAAAUUGGUGAGAAGAAUACGAGGCAAAAGCGCGGAAAGUGAUGAAAAGCUAGAGGGUGAAUCGCUGAUAGUAGAAAAAAAUGGAAGCGGUGGUGGAUAUGCUGAUAGUCACUCUCAUGGAGAUGGUGACCAUCAUGAUGACGAGCAAGAAUCGAAACCAAUCAACGAGAUAGAUUCAGAUGAUGACGACGAUUUCUUGGUUCCAAAAGAACACAGUGAUCAUUCACAUAGUGGUGAGGAUGACAACAACAACGCUCAGCAUGAUGCUGAUGAUGUGGAGGACGAGGAACAUGCUAGUCCAGGUAGCGAUCACGAAGAAGUCCACGGGGAUCAUACAGGUAGUGAUUUCGAAGAAGACCAUUCAAAAGAGUCAGAAAAUGAUGACAGCCCAUGGGGUCGGUAUGAUGAUGAAUAUGAGAAUAAAUCUAUUGAUAAUUCAAUACAUGAUCAAGACAACAGCGAUUACAAGAAUAAAGAAGGGUCUUAUCGUGAUGGUGAGGACUUGCACAAUAAUGGUAGAGGCUACAAGGACGGAGAAUAUCGGCAAGACUCUGGAUCCCCACGAUCCCCACGAACCAAUGGUGGACGUCGCAAUAGCCUCCUGAAACAACUCGGCAAAAAAUUGCUCUCCCCCCGGAGUCGUCGGAAGACCGCCUCCAACUUGGAUCAUACCAAUCUAGCUGUUCCCGGUUCUGCCGAUCCGUACUGGAGUCCCAGUUCCCCAUCCAGGAAACGAAUUGAAGGAUUCGGAAGCACCAAACCAGAUUUUGCCAGUCCUCGGACCCUGCGACAAAAACUAAAGGACUUUCGAGAAAAUAGGAUUGCGGCCCGCAAGGACGAGGAAGAUGGAAUGGAAAAGAUGAAUGUGGGUGGUGAUCCAAAGCGAAAAAAUUGGAAGGAAAAGAUUGAAAAUGUGGUGGACGCUAUGGUAGAUGCGUCCAUCCCCGAACCGGAAUUGCAAGGGUACAUGACUUCUUCCACACUUGCGAUUAGCACUCCACAAAAGAGUAUUCCUGCUGCUCCUCCAUCUACUCCUACUCCCGCGAAUGCGUCGAAAAUGUCGCACGACCGGAAACAGUUUGGGGACGACAAUGCAUACAUUGUGUAUUUGGAAGGUGAAAAGGUGGCUAACGAGUUGGAGGUCUUGGCCUACCAGAAUCGAAUAAAGGAACUUGAAUUUGAGGCUCGAAAAUUAGACGACGUCUCAGGAGAGAAGAAUCACGGCGAUGAUCAUAGCAAUGGUGACAGAACCGCGAUCUCUGGUUCCUCCAAUGCUGGUGGUGGUGAAGGUGAAGUUAAAGCGGUGAACGAAAAGGAAUCCAAAGUUGCAGGUCAAACUGGAGUACCAAAAGAGGGUCUCUUGAUAGAUCUUGGAGGAACUUCCACCACAUCACCUCCCAGCAUUGAACAAAUCACUGCUGCUGUUAUACCAGCGACUGACCUGGUACAGACUCCACAAGAGAGGCAGAUCUUGACUCCCGAAACCAACACGACAAUUACUUCGCAAAACAAUGGACCGAUACCAACUUCACCAACGGAGCAACUUCAAGAGAUAUCGGCCGAGGCAAGUGCGGAAGCAAUGAAGGAACAGACGGAGGGGGCUCUCAUCGACUUGAGUGUGCGCAAUGAAGCGAAAGAUAUUGUGGAUAAUAUCUUGGCCGACUUGCUGAAUGAAAAAAAAGUGACUAGCCUGCAAAGUGAUGAUGAGGGGAAUGUGGCAGAUGCAUUGUUGAGUUUGAAACUGGAGCAAUCAUCGGAAAAAGUCGAAAAUACGACCCCCAGACCGGAAAGUAGUCAUGCUGCCACACUCACCGGCCAGGAAGGUACCAACACCAGCGCUCCAGUAUCAACGUCAUUAACAGCUACCAACACUUUGGAAGCUCGAACUAAUGAUGCUGGCGAGCCAAUCCCUGUGGAAGAAAGUAGUGAUGCCCCUCCGAAAUCACCAGCUGAUUCUCCCCCACAACGGGCAACUGGCCCUCCUCCAGAAUCACCAGCUGAUAUUCCCCCAGAGCCGCCAGCUGCCGAGACACCAGAAAAUUUGAAGGACUUCAAAGGGAAAGAAGAAGAAGGAACAGUAGCGGAAAGCGCUGAGAUUGAACAUGACUCCGAGUACUGA